UCUCUCUCUCUCUCUCUCACACACACACACACACACACACUCACACACAUAUACACACAUUAGGAGUAGCAGCUCGGAGAGCAUGUCAUAACGAGGAGGACCAGCUCUUCUGACUGACACACGUCUCAUCCCCGAGCCGUCAUGUCCACCGCCCUCAAACAGGUGUUCAACAAAGACAAGACGUUCCGGCCCAAGCGGCGCUUCGAGCCGGGCACGCAGCGCUUCGAGCUGCACAAACGAGCGCAGGCGUCUCUGAGCUCGGGGCUGGACCUGAGGGCCGCGGUCAAGCUCCCGCCGGGCGAGGAUCUCAACGACUGGGUGGCCGUGCACGUGGUGGACUUCUUCAACCGCAUCAACCUCAUCUACGGGACUGUGUGCGAGUUCUGCACAGAGAAGAGCUGCCCGGUGAUGUCCGGCGGCCCACGGUUCGAGUACCGAUGGCAGGACGAGCACAAGUACAAGAAGCCCACGCCGCUGCCGGCGCCGCAGUACAUGAACCUGCUGAUGGACUGGAUAGAGAUGCAGAUCAACAACGAGAACAUCUUCCCCACCAGCAUCGGAAUUCCCUUCCCGAAGAACUUCAUCCAGAUCUGUAAGAAGAUCGUGUGUCGUCUUUUCCGUGUGUUUGUACACGUCUACAUCCAUCACUUCGACCGGAUCCUGCUGAUGGGAGCCGAAGCGCACGUCAACACCUGCUACAAACACUUCUACUACUUCUCCACCGAACUCAACCUGAUCGAGCGCAAAGAGCUGGAGCCGCUGAAAGAAAUGACCUCUAGAAUGUGUUUGUGAGUGUUUCCAAGCACACACCUGAGAGGCUUUACUCUGGAGUUUUAAUCCAUGAGCUGGUCGUUGCCGUGGAGAUGAGGUCAUCACUGGGGAGCCUGUGACAUCAUCUCUGCGCCGUCUAGUGGUGAGACGCUGACCGGACACUCUGAGGACAAAUCACUGGCGUUUCGUUCAGACAUUCGCUCAAAUCUACACUAAGAAGUGGACACCUACAUUUUAACAUUCAGCUCUGUGAGGUUUGGAUGAGCUGCUUUCAUUCAUCUUCAUGUUGCACUGAAGUGAGUUUCAGUCACUGGAUCAUUUGAAGAAACAUCUCGCUGUCUUACACAUCUGAUGCUCAGUUCAGCCACAGAAUUUUGCUCGUCUUCAGCGGAGGACAGUUGAAGUGAAAAGAAAUCCUCUCACAGUAUCUGCACUGAUUCUGUUCCAAUUUCUAGUUUGCAUCCUGUUACUAAACCACUAAAAUUAAAUGGUUUAAUUGGU